AUGCUGUCCGAAAGUCAAUUUGAUAUUUUAGAUAGUUUAGAUUUAUAUAGUAACGAUAAUGAAAAACCUUUCGGUCGUUGCCCAGGCUGCAAAAAAACUUGCUAUGCUCUAGCUUGGUGUGAUACAUGCGAUCGAAAAGCACUUGUUGAUAAAUUUGAAAAUAAAGAUAUAUUAUUAUUAAUUCAGGAAUCUCAAAGAUGGGCUACGGAUUAUUACAAUUAUUUGGAAUUCAUCCCUUACAAUCAUUUUAAAGAUAUUAAAUAUAUAGGAGAAGGUGGUUUUGAAGCAAUUCCUAAGGCGACUUGGCUUGAUGGAAGUAGAAUCGCAAAUGGUUUCGGAGAAAUUUCUAAGGCGACUUGGAAUGAUGGCGUUAGAAUCAUAAAAAAAGUUAAUGGAACUUGGAAAAAAACUCGUAGUGAGCCAUGUGCCAUUGUAUUAAAGGAGAUUAAGGAAUCAGGAAAUAUUGAUCAAGACUACAUUGAUGAGGUGAUUUUCAAUAUUUAUCCAAUCCUAAAUAAUUGCAGAUAUUAUGGAAUUACACAAAACCCAAUUACAAAGAAUUUCUCAUUAAUAAUGGAUUAUCCACAUUUCGGUUCUUGCUCAAAUUGUAACAAAGAAUUCCAUGCCCCUGAUUGGUGCAAUACAUGCGAUCGAAAAGCACUUAUUGAUAAAUUUGAUAUGUGGUCGUCAGGAAAUGAAAAUAUUGAUCUAUUAAUUCAGAAUAAUGAUAUUUGGUAUAAAACUCGUAGUAAACCAUAUGUCGUUUCAUUAAAAGAGAUAAAGGAAUCAGAAAAUAUUGAUCAAGACUACAUUAAUAAGGUAUUAUCAUUUAUUUGUAAUUUAAAAGCCGAAUUUGAUUUUUACAGUUCAAAUAGGAAAGACCGAUUGAAGUGGCAGAAAAAACUUCAGUAUUUGUAUUUUAUUUGUAACGGCAUACGUGGCAUUCAUCAGCUUAACUACGUACAUGGUGAUAUUCAUUGUGGGAAUAUACUUUUAAAAUAUACCAGUGAUAUCUGCAUCACAGAUCUUGGUUUGUCUCGACCUGCAAAUUCUAAAGAAGCAUCUCAAAAUAAAUCAUCUGAUGAUCCUCCUGCGGGAAAUAUUCCAUACUUAGCACCAGAGUUAUUAAAGAAAUAUCCCAAAUCAAAAGCAUCUGAUAUUUAUGCAAUUGGUAUUCUAAUGACUGAAUUUGCCUCGCAUGAUCGUGCCUUUGAAAAUUACAAUAGCACUGAUCUCAAAAUUGACAUUUACCGCGGUGAACGACCUAAAUUCCCUCCUGAGACGCCAAACUGCUAUGUCGAAUUAAUGAAAGAGUGUCUAGAUGAUGAUCCAAACAAACGUCCGACCGCCGAGAAAUUAGUGAAAUCUAUUUCAGGAUGGCUCAAAUCUGAUUGGAAAUCAAAAUCCAAUCUAUUUAAUAUUGCUGAUAAGCAAUGGAAUCGCAAUGUAUCUAAAGGUUAA